UCGAAUCGCCCAUCGCUACCUGCUUUUUUUUAAGGUUAUUUUUGUGUAUAUUGUAAUUUUCACUUUUGCAUUGAAAGAAAUAAUAAUUAAUAUAUACAGAUCCACAGUCGUUUGAACUAGGCAAAGGUACUAAAAAUAAAAAUGAAUUUAAACAUUUCAAAUUUAGGAAAGUUUGUGUGGAAAUCUCAAAUCGUCGCUGGAUUUGGGUAUCAACAAGUAAGAAACAAAUGGGCCAAUUGGCUUAUGAUACGUGAUGUGAAACGUCGCCGAAUGAGUGCUGAAAAUUUUCUUGAAAGGUCCAGGAUCAAUGCAAUAAGGAAAAACGAUAUCUUGCCAGUGGAAAUCAGAGAGCUGGCUGAUAAAGAUAUUAAUAAGUUUGAAAUGAAUGCUAUUCCAUUGAGAAUAAACAACAGAUGUGUUGUGACAUCUAGACCGCGUGGUAUCGUCAAAGAGUGGCGAAUGAGCCGUAUAGUUUGGCGACAUCUUGCAGACUAUAACAAACUUUCUGGAGUACAAAGAGCUAUGUGGGGAUGAUUUAUUUUAAUACCUAUAUUAGUGAUAGAUUCAUUGUUAUAAUUGUUAAUUACAUUGUUUUAAUUAUA